AUGCAAACAUCUUUUGAGAUCGUUGACAAUACUAAUAUUAAAGGAGAAAAGGAUGAAUUAGAAUAUUUUCUUCCAGAUUAUUUAAACGAUUCUUUACUGAGCAAAAUAAAUGAUCCGGAUCCAAUACCUACUUGUUGGAAUGUAAAGGAUUGUUCUCGAGACCUGAAAGUUGACGAUAAUCUACUUUCGGUUAGAUAUAAUGGAAACAGGAUAGCUGCAGCAGUUAGAGCAAAUUAUCCUAUUCCGGAAGAAACGGGAAUUUAUUAUUUUGAGGUUAAUGUUUUGGAUGGUGGAAAUGGCGAUUUAAUAUCGGUUGGUAUUGCAACGCUAGACUUUCCUCUUGCAAGACAUGUAGGAUGGGAUCCAGGUUCAAGAGGCUACCACGGUGACGAUGGCUUGAAAUUUCUUGAGCGAGGAUUUGGAAUCGAAUAUGGAAACGCAUGUUCAUUCGAACCAUAUGAAACAUUAUACCCGGCUAUAGGAAUGAGAAGCCAAAACGCUCGGGUGGAAGCAAACUUUGGAAAUAGGCCAUUCAAAUUUGAUAUCAAAGUAUACAUAAAG